AUGGAUCAACCUUCCUUUGACGAUGAAUUCUUCAAUUGGCAUGGAUUGAAUGGUCUGUUCGUGACACCUACUUCGACUGUAGAGGAAUAUGCCCAGUAUCCUACAGGAGGUAUUUCCAGAAUUCCAGAUCGAUCAAGAUAUGUUUUUGUAAAGCAAAAGUCUGCACCAUUAAGAAUAGGAUGGCGGGACGAAGUAAAAAAUGAUCAGCCUGGUUUCAAGUUCAAGCCAAAAGACGACGUCCAAGAGAAGCAGAUUUUGCUUGGAAAUCGACUUAUAUACUGUCCAAAAACAUGGCAAAUCUCUGAGAUUAAGUUUUAUCACGAUCUUCCAACAACUGGUAUUCAAAUAUCCUGGCCCACGGAUUCUUGCGCUAUCGUUCCAAUUUUAGAUUCGUUCACCCUAUUCCCUAAACUUCCUAUUGAACUUCGAUACAUGAUUUGGGACUGUGCUUUACGCUGCGAUCCUCGAGGUGUCAAAACUUACUGUCAACCGAAGAUAUCGCAGGCCUACCAGAGAUUAUCCUGUCAUGUACGACAACAUGGUCCCAUUGCUUCAAAAGUUCCGAUAGCUUUACUCUAUGCCUGUCAAGAAUCACACUUGGCUCUUUUGAGAAACUAUUCCGAGAUGAACAUGAGCGUUCCAGUCCAGAGAUGUGAUCUCAAUUUACGGAUUGUAAGACCUCGUAGCAGGAAGACUGCGGAUUGUGAGAUUCGGGUUGACCGCAAAGGAUACAUGAACUUUCGUCAGAGUACAUUGAUGAUAGAAAACUUUCGCAAGGUAACGGGUUUGCUUUGGAGUUGGAAUCAUACUACUUUGGAUCUGUCUUUAAUUCAGAGCAUUGCUGUGCAGCACGCCCUCUCCAGGCCAAGAGCGAAACGAUAUUACGGAGGAAAAAGAAUUAUAUGGGAACUACUCGAAACUAGAUGCCCGUGUCUAAAGCAUCUUGAUUUCAUCCUCCAUCAAGAAUCAAUGGAGAACGUUCACUGGGGUUCAGACCAACAACCAGUUCCACAUAUUUUACCAAUCAAUGCGGAAUUUGUUGAUGGAGUCACAUAUGGCUGUCAACUUUCUUUUCAAGAUGAGUACACCCGUACAACAGGGUUAUAUGCUCAUAAUUCUUUGAAGGUCAGGCAGCGAUUGAAGGUGAAGGAUCUGGCUCGGGAUCUUCGAACAAGUAUCCGUGAUGCCCAACAAACGAAAUCAUUAUAUUACCAGGAAGUGGAGCGCAAUCCGAACUUUUGGAAAAAAGUCGACGUCAACCUGGCUUAUAUCACUUGGGUUUCGGGCUCGGGCAGUAUCUAUGUUGGGGAGCAGAUGGAAAAGGUCAUAGUUUCGCCUCCGAAAAAUUUGCAAAAUUCGAUGCCGGACUCAUAUUUCUGGGCUCAGAGACCGAUAGAAGUUGCUUAUAAUAAGCUGGAAAUGAGAUUCUCAUUUUACACGUUAAUUGUCAUCCUGAUGGAAGCUUGCUUAAUAGGUACGAAGGGGUGA